UUUACACGGACCGUUACCAGGGCAAAGUUCUUACAUCAUCGAAACUUUGUUAACAUAUAAUACUCCACCUCACCACACACAUAAGAGACAUACAUAUGCAAACACAUAUACACACAUAUAUACACAUAUAUACACAUAUAUACACAGAUAUACAUACACACACAUUCAAACAACAAUCAUUCAUACCAACUUUACUGUUAACGGUGGAAAGUAGGUGGCUCGUUUUUUGCGUGGGCAGAUUUCCAUUUUGUUUAGCACCAAGUCAGCCAUUAUCGAACAGACAUAUCGUAGUGUGGUUAGUUACAAAAAUAUUAGUUUCACCAAGCCCGGAGCUAUAUUAUGCGGUGUUAAAGAUUUAUUCAACGACGGUGUCAUUAAUUUCGGCCAUAUUAUCAGGGCGGUGGUCAAUGACUAACUUCACUUGUUGCAGAGUGUGACAGGAGAAUUGCUUAAAAGGCAAAAGGAAGAAAGUCGGUUGUGAAGAGACUAACAAACAGUUGAAGAAUUCUACUUCAAUCGGAUUGGAAAUUUGCAGGUAGCAACAAUGCGAGGCGACUCCCAUCGAAAGAUCACCAAGUGCACUGCAAUACAAAAUGUAAUAAAAUCAUUACAACUGCCACUAGCAGUAGUACUAUUUUUAAUUACUUCCAUUGGAAUGUCAGAGAGAAAUCCUUGCACACUGCCUUCUUAUUCAAUGGUUCAAGUUGGUGAUUUGAAUGCGAAAAUAAAUAAAUCUAAUUUUCAUUUGGAACGAAUAAUCACUAAAAAUGGCACUUCUUCAUAUCAUCUCAACGAUACAUAUCACGUGUAUUAUAUCGGAAUUGACAAUGUCAUUACAGAAGUGAAUAAAACCAUUGACGUUGCUAUCGGUGAUGGUGAAACGUGGAAGAAAUGUACAUACACACCGUCCAGGACAACAACUAAUAACACCUCCACUGAUGACAUCCUCUGUGAACCGAAUGCAAUUGGUGAUGAACUGAAAACGAAUCUUGGAGAUGGCCCUGUGAUCAACAUUUUCGGUGUGCAUAUAUACAGUGGUGUUAGAAUCUUCUUUAGUUACCCGAAUACCACGUCUGCUAAUAUGACUGUGUAUUUCGGCGAUACUUUUGUCACCAGCAAAUACGUUUAUUCCUAUGAUAAAAUUUGUUUAUCAAGACAUGCAACUCAAGACCCAGUGGUUCACGUUUCUACAGAUAUUGAGAAUUGUCAUUUGACAAAUGUGACUCUUAAGUUUGUAACUAAAAUUGUACAUUUUGUCGCGAUGACACUAACACAAAAGGCACUUGGAUGCAAAGCAACUUUCAAUGAUUAUAAUUGGCUGUUAUUGGUUAAAUCUAACGCCAGUUCAGAAUUCCCGGUCAAUAACCUUACGCUUAUAAUAAAUAAAAAAGAAGUUCAUAAAGUGUCGGGAAUCAGGUCCGGUUUCACAGAUAUUUUCCUCGUACCUGGCUUGCUAUGUAAACAGAUAAGUAGUUUUUACAUGGCGGCACCCAAUAGUUUGAAACUGAAUGUAGAUGAGGUGAUAGCGUUCAGUGAUGCGUGCAACAUGUCAUACACAUUCGUGCAUGGCGAAAUCCUCACAGAACAACUCUAUGUCAUUCACAAUAAAGCUGAAAACCCCGUAUCAGUAAAAACAAUAACUGGAUCCAUUGGGAUAGACGAUGGUGUGGUGCUGAGAUUCUCUGGAGCCUUUUGUGCGCUGAACGUUACACUGGACACGGCCGACGAUGACUUUCGACCAAACUCUGCAGAUUACUUUAAUUCUACAAUUCCUGACUGCGGCCCUUUGAAAUGUAUUAAAGUUUUAAAAUUUGGCACAAAUUCAAAUGCGACCUUAAGCAACAUAAUAGUGAUUGACCACAUGACGGGAAUUUCUAUCGAAGCCAAAGCUCCAGGUACGAAGACGCAUUGUGUAGACGAGUUUCGUGGUGCGGAAAAAUGGAUAGUUACUUUGAGCUCAGCCACUACUAUCAAUCGCCUUACAAUGGAUUUCGAAGGGUCAAUCCUCAACGAAGAAUAUUUCUAUCUUGGCAGUUUGAAAGCCAUUGAUCAAAAAUACAAUAUUAACCUUCGGGACAUUGGAAAAUUGCUUUGUUUGCACUUGACUUGGUAUCCCAGCUUUGAUAUAAAUAACCGUACACUUACUUUGACUCGUGAGCAAGAAAAGUAUACGUUUCUGACUUCAAGUCAUAAUAUCGCGCACCAAGCAACAUAUCCUGUCAGCACCUGCCAUGAUGAUGAAACGCUCACAGGUUUACUAAUAGAUGAUUGUAUUGAAAAUGUUGAAUACUCAACCCUUUGUGAUCGAAAUAAUUAUUUUCAGCUAAAGAACACUACUAUAGUUUGGUUAUACUCACUUGAAGGAUAUACUUAUAAUCAUGUCAACCUGAUCCAUAACAAUACUAUUUUGUCGAGCGUACCAAUAAAAAAAAGUGAACCUAAAAAGAGCGAAGGGAUAUUUUGUUAUGACAAAGAAUAUUUACUUCAGGUGUCUUACCUUACAACUUCUCCUCCCGUCCACUGUAAAACUACAAUGGUUUCGCUUGUUUUGCUCUUACCAAAUAACAUCAGAAUACAAUACCAUUCAAAUUUGACUUCUGAGAAACAAAUUUGUGAAUGGGAGGUGUUUCCUGCCUUCCAAACUAUUUUAAAUACCACUUUACCUUAUGGAUACGCGGGAAAUAUGAGUGAUAUUACGACAGCUGCUAUGGAGACGAGCAACUAUACUAUCGACAAUACUACAGCAAUGGUAGUAACGGUCAAUGGCAGCGACUGUGAAACGAUCAAUGGCAGUGACUGUGGAACAAACAAUGACAGUGAAUAUUUCAUUACAUCAACGGAACAAGCAACUGAUGGAAGUAGCUCUCUCGAUCCUGAUGUUUCCACAACGCCGACAGUACUAUCAACCAGUGAAAGUAUUACUCUUAGCACAACAGAUAUUACAGUGCAAGACGUUAUCACGGUAUCAACAUUACCCACCACUCGUGAGAAUACUUUUACUCCAUUAAAUUCGAUAUCAACAACCGAACUGACUUCGGAAAGCACACCAUCGAACACAUCUAUUGAUAUAUCCUGUUUGUGUCCUUGCCCUAAAACACAGAAGAACUUGACCCAGCAGGAACUCACUAUAAAACUACAUCAGAUUGUUUCGGAGUUAACCCUACCACGGAAUAAAACUUCUAAGUACAUCCGCUCUAAAGUGAGCAUGCCAGACGAUCGUCAAUCUUCAUUUUAUGUUAGUGGUGUCAUACUAAUUGUUGUGAUCACUCCGUUUGUUUUAAUAGUGCUGCAAGACCUUAUUGUAAUUCUAAGGGAAUUUUAACCCCGACCUAAAACAGCAAAUAAAAUUAGAUUCUAUAGAUCUUAA